AGGCUCGCGCAUGCGCAGUGAGGAUUCGUUUAAGACGAGAAGGUUUGGAAAUGGAGUUGGACUGUGUUGAGAGUAUUGAUGGGUUAUUUAAAUGUCGUCACUUGUAAUCCCGCUGUUAUCCUGGCGCUGGGGUUACUGGGUUUUACUUCAUGAUUAAAGAAUUGGGCGCAGACGGAUAAAAACGGAUUUUAAGAUGACCCACGUCAACUUUGUUGUACCGGUUAAAAGUUCCAGCUCACUCGGUAAACAAGGUUUCUGAGCCUGUGAUCAUGGCUCACGAACAAAUUACUGUGCAUCUCUAGGUGUUACUAUCAAUUCUUGAAGCAAGAACAAAGUUGUCAAAGGCAGGGACACAUCUUUAUAGCAGAUGAAGAACCUUUUUCUGCAAAAUGGGUGGCUUGUUAGCUGAACCGUGAGAAGCGGAAAACCUUUAUCUUUCUCGUCAGUUGUGCUGACCAACCUGGCAUGGAGAAGCAGGCAGACAUCACACACAACAAGGGUGCAUCAACAUCAUUUAAAGAUGAGGUUCUGGAAAGCUCCACACAGGCUGAGGCCCGACCUAAACUGGAGGACCUGGAUCUGUUUAACCCAAUAGAGCCCCCUCCUCUGGACUGGAGGUCUGACUCUUCCAGUGAAGCAUGUUCACUUAGAGAUAUCGAAGAACCUGGAUCUUUCUCCAUGGAGACACCUUUAGAAGAAUUAAGUGACUAUGGGGCUACCAACACAAGCUUUACACCAACAGAAGUUGAGAAUCUCACCAGUCAGUUAGCUGAAGAACUCCCAAAUCAGGAAGUUGAGGAUCUGACAAAUCAAAAUCUUGAAGAUCGCACAAGUAAUAUGCAGAGAAUGAACAAAUCCGACGUUCCUGAACCACUGGAGAAGAAUUUACAGAAGGUGAGGCAAACUGCACCAGAGAAUCUUCGACAACAUGACCUAGACCACGCUCACAUUCAGGAUUUGCUUAAUCAGCUUCAGCUCUUUCACCCAACACCCCCAUCCAAAGACUCUACUCCAGAACCAGAAAAGUCAACCUUCAGUGCAGACCAUGUGACUGAGAACUCUUCAUGCUUGGUGCCUGACGUUAGUGCUCAUCAAAUAUGCUCAGAGGGAAGCACAGCAUCUGGCCUUCUUUUCACUGUGAGCAAUCAGAGGGAGCUUCUACAGCUGCUGGAGGACCCAGAACCUCAAGAACCCCAAGAAUUUCAGGAAUCUCAGGAAGAUCACCCCAUUUAUACAGAACAGACUACUGAGAGCAACAUUUCACAGCUGCCUGCCUGCCAGACAAGGUAUAUAACAAGAAGUGGUGAGGCAGAUGAAAUGGUUUCUGUUUCAUAUGGCUCGGCUAUCUGGCACAGCCCCUUUCAGGAUGAGUUUAUGAUGUCCGUCUACUCAGAGGACGAGCUCACGGAAGAGUGGCAGCAGUCUAAAUGUGUGUUCUCGGCUGAGCUGGCCUCUCAUGGAGCUGAUGUGGAUGCUGAUGCUGAAGCUCAGGCUUCAUAUAAAGACGUGCCUGGUCCUUGUGAUCCUGAGGAUCUGCUGGAUGGGAUCAUAUUUGGAGCGAAAUACCUUGGUUCCACGCAGUUGCAGACAGAUAGGAACCCCUCCACUAAUGCUCGAAUGGCUCAGGCACAAGAAGCUGUAGAUCGCAUCAAGGCACCUGAAGGAGAAUCUCAGCCAAUGACAGAGGUGGACCUUUUUAUCUCCACUCAAAGAAUCAAAGUGUUGAGUGCAGAUACCCAGGAGGCUAUGAUGGACCAUCCUCUGCAGAUGAUCUCCUAUAUCGCUGACAUUGGAAGUCUUGUGGUGUUGAUGGUGCGGAGGAAGCCAGCAGAUCAUAAAACUGCAGAUUCAGCUGUUUGCUCUUCGUCCCUGCCUAAGAAAUGCUGGAUGAUUUGCCAUGUGUUCUCCUCUGGCGAUGCACAGAUUAUAGCUCAGGCCAUUGGCCAAGCAUUUGGUGUGGCAUAUCAGCAGUUUUUGCAAGCAAAUGGAAUUAAAGCUGGCGAAUUCCUACCAGGGGAGUACUGCCUCGGCACACAGGAACUCUAUAAUGGAGAUCUGGUGCACUUUUCACAAUCUGAAAAUAUCAGAGAGGUUUGCAUAAUAAAGAAGGUUGGGGAGAUCCUGGGUAUAGCUGUAGUAGAAUCUGGUUGGGGCUCCAUCCUGCCCACGGUGGUGGUGGCGAACCUGCUGCACGGCGGUGCAGCCGAGCGCUCGGGGGAGCUGAGCAUCGGGGAUCGCAUCAUGUCUGUGAAUGGGGCCAGCCUGGUGGGCCUACCCAUCACCACAUGCCACAACAUCAUCCGAGACUUGAAAAACCAGUCCCAGGUGAAGCUCAGCAUAGUCCACUGUCCACCUGUCACCAUGGCCAUUAUUAAGCGACCCGACCCAAAAUACCAGCUGGGGUUCAGUGUAGAGGAUGGCAUUAUUUGCAGUUUAAUGCGUGGAGGCAUCGCUGAGAGGGGUGGCAUUCGGGUUGGCCAUCGCAUUAUUGAAAUCAAUGGGCAGAGUGUAGUAGCGACGCCUCAUGAGAAAAUCAUCCACAUCCUCACAAAUGCAGUAGGAGAGAUUCAUUUGAAGACAAUGCCAACAUCCACCUAUCGUCUCUUAACCGGACAAGAGCAGCCUCUGUUCCUCUGAAAAAGAUGAACCAUGCACAACCUUAUCAUUGAAAGCAGUUUUUCAACGUAAACACCCUCACAAGUGACAAGACAAGCAAUGACUGUUUGUUUGCUAUUUACUAUCAUUCAGUGCAUUUCAUUUGUAUCUUCCAAAUCACUGCUGAAAACACAGAGCACUGUUUUACAAUUUAAGCCAAGCUUAAAGCAGGAUUUUCAGCUACUUAAGAAAGCAGACGAAACGUUUAUGAAUUGCACAGCAUGCACAUUUGUAUUCCAUUGUGCCUUUGUGGAGAAAUUUGUGCGAGUGUGUUAUUGUACAUGAAUGUGUUCCACCAAAAUUGUUCAUAUAUUUGAAUAACUCUGCUUUAGUGAGCUGGUCCCAAGCAUCUUCUUUGCUGUAUGGGUUGUAGGCUUGCAUGCUGUGUUCAGUACUUGUGCCUCAGUGCCUGUAAAUAUGAAUUGAGUGACCUCAAGGUAUCUGCUUUUAGCAAUAGGAUAUAUAUACACAUAUAUAUUUUUAAAGCUGCUGUAUUAGAUUAAAAAUGUCUUCUGACUCUGUGUGACUUUUA